UUAGAGAGGCAGCCCCGAACAGAAGAAGGAUUUUCUGUGGGAGACUGUUACGGGAUUCAGCUCUGAGAACUAGGGACUCGACUGUGCUUGGAACAGACAGUUAAAAAAAAGCAACAAGGAGGGGAAAAGCGAUGACUCUGAACAAUGUCACGAUGCGUCGCAGCAGUGGAAACAUGCAGCCGCUGCACCAGCGUUGGAGCAUCCCAGCAGAUGGGAAGCAUCUGGUGGUCCAGAAAGUCCCACAUGAAUGCAGCCAGCACAAAAGGUACACCAUGAACCCUGAAGAAUAUUACCGAAGAAGCUGGUCGUCGGAGUCUUCCGAUUCUGUCAUCUCCUCCGAGUCCGGAAACAACUACUACCGGGUGGUCCUCAUCGGGGAACAGGGAGUUGGCAAAACGACCAUUGCUAAUGUCUUUGCCGGCGUGCAUGACAGCAUGGACAGUGACUGCGAGGUGCUGGGAGAAGACACCUAUGAACGAAUCUUGCAGGUAGAUGGUGAAAGUGCGACAGUCAUGCUUCUUGACAUGUGGGAAAACAAGGGCAAAAAUGGAUGGCUCCAAGAUCACUGCAUGCAUGUUGGAGAUGCUUAUUUGAUUGUCUACUCCAUCACGGACCGUGCAAGCUUUGAGAGAGCAUCUGAGCUCAGAAUUCAGCUCCGCAGAGCACGCCAAGCUGAAGACAUUCCUAUUAUUUUAGUGGGCAACAAAAGUGACCUAGUUAGAUGCCGUGAAGUCUCUGUGUCAGAGGGACGAGCCUGUGCAGUCGUGUUUGACUGCAAGUUCAUUGAGACCUCGGCGGCUGUCCAGCAUAAUGUGAAGGAGCUGUUUGAAGGCAUUGUGCGUCAAGUGCGGCUAAGAAGAGACAGCAAAGAGAAGAAUGAGAAGAGGCUUGCUUAUCAGAAGAGGAGAGAGAGUAUCCCUAAAAAAGCCAGGCGAUUCUGGGGCAAAAUUGUAGCCAGGAAGAACAAGAACAUGGCCUUCAAGCUGAAGUCCAAGUCUUGUCAUGAUCUCUCUGUUCUCUAAGAACUUUGGAUGGCACAAACAUUCGCUUUCAGGAAGGUUGUUCAACUCCAUUGUGAAUGAUAAGUCAAUCUAUAUUAGAUUGGUCCACGAGAAAUGUCAAUCUGACGGAUUCACAGUUGCGAUUAUUGUGAUGAAAAAUGUCCAGAAUAAGUGCAGCCUAAAGCACGCAUGGAGGAAGAAAUGCCAUUUAUAUUUUUCGGUUUAGAGUUUAAGUGUGUGAGUGUGUUGGCUGGGGUAGAGGAUUUUUGUCUUAUAUACAAGAACAUUCCAAACUUACAUGCAGUGUGUCUUAGAAAAGAAACCGCUUCCCUUGUUGCCUUUUUAGAAAAUGGCCUAAGAAUUGGAAGGCAUCAUUUCAAAAACGGAUGGCCUCUUUUCAUUAUUAUUUCUUGCUAGUUCUAUAAGCCAACAUCAAGGGAAAUGGGCAGUGUCUGAGAUGUCCUCUUCCUGAUCAGCCAGUUAAUUUUCUUAAGUGCCCAUAGCUGAAAAUCUUUGUUGUUACAAUAUCAUUUAUCCCAAUGGCUUAGAAAAAUAUCAAUAGCAUGCUGAUGAUGUUUGGAUAAAUAGGAGCACUAUUUAAUGAUAGCCAAAGAUAUGGAGGAUAAGGAUACAUUGCCAAAGAUAUGGAAGAUAAGUCUGAGGUUCAGUCACAAGAAGUAUUGAAUAGCUGAAGUUAGAAUACAGGGAGCUUUAACUGCUUAACUGUAUAAUGAGCACUGAAGCUUUUCCUUGAUUAUCUCUAGAGCCCUUCAGUUCUCUUAAAAACACAGGGUUGGACCUGGAUUUGCACACAGUAAGGUCCUGUCAGUAGUAAAGGAGGGGGCAAAGUAGCAGAUAUUAUCUACUUUUCCUCUCCUCUGCAGCCAUUGGUGCCUCCUAACAAGCUGCUCCAGGGAAGGGGUGGGGGCUGUUAGAACAACACUGGGGGCUGCAGGAGGUAGGAGAGCUGGUAAGCAUCUUAGCUUGUCCUCAUCCUCUACUGCAGGUUCAGGCAACAUGCAGUUUGUGGGCUGCAUGUGGCCCCUGCUGCCCUCUGCAAGUAUUAAAAGAAAGCCAGAUUAAAACAAAAUGGUGUCUAGAGUGGCCAUUCGGAAGCCCUUCUGACCAUUUUUGUGCUCUAAAGCUACCACAGGGCACUGAAAAUGUCAAACAUAGCUCGAAAGGAGCUUGUCCCUUGCUGUGCUCCAUCGCCACACCGGAUGCCGUUUGCAAUUAUUUCAUUUUUUCUGCACUGUGCAGGGAGAGGUGUGCCUUGCAGUGGCAAAGUUUGGUGGGUAGAAAUGCUCCCUGGACCUUCCAAAAGUUGCCCACCCCUGAUCCUUCUGUUUGCAGAGGGGCAACCCACAUUUACAGGAGAAACCUGCAACAUCACUUUCCAUGCUGGCAUUUCACAGAACUGUCUAAAAUAAUGGAAAAAGUAGAAAAUGUAAGAUACAAAAUCAUUUGCAAGAUGCCAUUUUUUUCUGGAGGUGGGAUCUCCUUUUAUAAUAAAUUACAGAGAGAUUUUGUGCUCAAAUCUAGUAUUUGUAUUAUGCCAUUACUGUUUGUAUUUAUUAUUUUUCAACUAUUGUAUUUUAAUAGAUGAAGUAUAGCAAUGGGAGGGAUGGGGAAGACAUAGUUUGGAGAUAUAUUUAUUAAGUGAUUUCUUAAGAAAAAAAGUUGAUUUUAUUACCAUUUUCUAUAUAUCUUUUAGAUUAAGCAACAUUUUAUUUACAUGUUGGUAAUAAAUCAAUAAAAGGUUUC